UUCAACCGUAUUAAAGAACAAAAGGAUGAGCAUGCCAGCCGCUCGGCCAUUGAGACCAGUCAGAUAGUUGGUGAGACUGUCAAGCCUGGUGUUCCUCAACCUCCAGCUCAGCUUGCAAAUGGUCUCUCCCCACUGUCAGAGUACUCUGCCCUGGAGACCUGCUCCCCUGCCAUCCACUACUGUUCAAGGCCACAGUCCAACCUCAAGGACUUAUGCUCCCCAACAGGUCCACAUUGUGGUCAGGUCACCUCGAGAUCAAUUUCAAGACACUCAGACAGAUGCAGGUCCUCCAUUGCAGACAGACAAGGAGAGAAAGGCCUGGCAAGACAAGAUCGUCAAGUUAGAAGAAAAGCAGAAGGAGCUUGAUGGACUGAUCAACAAAUUCAAACAGAUCUCAGGGAUUAAUGAGAACACUGAAGUUCCCACAGGGCCACAACCAUCAACUAUCCCCCCAACACAAGUGCAGUUUCAUGUUGACCAACUAAUGUCUCAACAUGGGAUCAGCAAAUUUACCACAAACCAGGCCACUUCUGGUGCACCACAUCUCGUCCCAGAUCAUCAGAGAGAUCAUAGAAAUGAGACAUUGGCAUCACAUCGGUUUGGUUCUGGAGGUCAAGCCAUCCCCAAUGGUGUCUUUCAUGCUGUGCCAGUUCAGAUAGAUGGAAAGGGAUUUGGUGUAGGGGAGAGUGGCUACUACUCUGGUAUUCCAGGUGCUACCUUUCGUGGGUACCAAGGGUUGAGGGCUGGUGGUGUUACUACUGGCUCCACACAAGGGUCAAGUCUGAGUGCCCGAAACAUGGCUACUCACUCCCUUGGCCUGGCUCAGCAGGCUGACCAUGUAAGGAAGGUUAGGGAAUAUCAGCAGAAGAUCAUCGAGUCAAGUCAGAGAGAUCUGUCUCUGUCUCAGACAGGAUUGCGUUCAGGGUUGUCGUCCACUUUUGGCACCAGCACUAAUUCAGAUUUGGAUAGCAAAGUGAAGGAAUACCAGAAGAAAAUUCUCGUGGGGAAUGCUGAGAGAAGGAACUUUCUGGAGGAAACCAGAGCUAAUAUUGAAAGACAGCGAGAAGAGCUAUACAGAAAGUAUCCACUGACAAUGGGAAGGACUGACACUUUCAAGGGGACAUCUACUCUGGCAUCAAGUUCACUAGAUACCAGGUCUCAAGAUGGAUCUUUGCAUGACUCUCUUGCUGACAGAAUUUUAGCUGAUAUACGUGAUCCUUUGCGACCAAGAAGUCUUGACACGGGCGACAUUCUGGUACAUGAUGUGUUAAGGCAUGACUUCCAAGACAAUAGCAGGAACUUGUCCCAAAUGUCAGCUAACACGUCAAAAUCUAAACUUGAAAGAGUGAAGAAGUCAUUAUUAUUUGAGGAUCCAGAUGAAUCACUGACCAGAACUCCAGGAAGGGAUAUAUCCCUUCUGGCACCAUCUGACCUUGAUGAAGGUGACAUCACUCUAACGUCUUCCUCUGAACGUGGAAGUCCAAAUCUAAGCAAGUCUGUGAGGUCAGAUGGAUCAACAGGAGGCAUGUCCUUGAUAUCAAGAGCCAGAGAAACGGGGAACGAGUUUGACAGGCGACAGCAGGAGCUAAAGAAACAGUUAGAAGAAGUGCAGAGACAGAAACAGGAGAUUCUGGAGAGAUACCAGCUGGGGCAACAGAGAAUACAGGAUUCAAAGACAAACCUGAAUUCUAAGCUGGACACUUCUGGCUUUUCCCAAGACAUGUCAAGAACAUGGAAGUCAUCUUUCAGUGGUCCUGACUCAUCCUAUGCAUCCUUGCCAACAGAUGGAAACAUCCGUCCUGCCCCAAGAGCAGCCUUUGUUGAUUCACAAAGAGACUCAGCAGCAUCAAUCCUGUAUGGUUCAGCAUCCACUGACCAAGUCCUUCCUUCAGCUUUGAGAGAAUUUUCUAUUUCCUCUGAUUUCCCUAAAACAUUCGAACGUUUUAAUCUUAUGGACUCCACACCUACUGCAGGUGCUUCUCUUGGAGCAAAGUUAGACAGCCUUUCUUCUCUGACAGAGAAGCCAUUGACAGAUCAGUCGAAGUUGUUCUCAAUGGAACUGGAAGAGGAAUCCUUGGUGUCUGGAAGUAGGUCUCCUCCUGUAGCUUUACCAGACCGAUUAUUUGAUGCAGGAUCCCUAUCCCUGGAAGAGGAGUCCUUAUCCCCAGAGAGUAAGGUCAGCAUGACAGGUUCUGAAUCUGCCAAUGACAAGAUAACAUGGUCCAAUUUGCUGACAGGGGUUCCUGGUGUGUCACCUGAUGAGAAUGAUGCAGCCAAGUCCGGUGAGAUAGCCACAGACUACAUAGGACAUGAACUGAGCACUAUCUUUGAGGUGGACACACCCAAUACACAAGGAACCAGGCAGUCUGGACAGUUUGUGACAUUGAGCUCAGCGAGGUCUUAGAACAUUGCAAGUCAUGGACAACAUGAGACAUAAGAUGGGCACUAUUCUGACUUGAGCACCUGAUAUAUGUAGGCGAAAAGAAGUCUAUACAGUCUGGAACAUAAUUUCUUAAUUGAAGAAUUAAUAUAUAAUAUUGGUCAUGGUGUACACAACUUGGUAUUAUGGCAACAUGUAUGCCCUGUGGAUGCUAUACUGUAUCGUGUCAGUUUAGAACACCAGUCCAGACUCAUUUAAUGCAUGAACCAUUUAUUGUUACCUUAAGGUAUUAUAAGCUAGUUUGGUGACUGAUGAAAGUCGUCAUUAUGUAUGUGCUGGUUAUCUGGAUAGCUCACCUGAUGGUAGCGUAACCAAAUAUGAUGCAGAUUAAUUGUGUGAAGUUUCAUGAAGAAAUGCCUUUCUGGAUUACAGUGAAUCUCUGUGGUUACAGUGUUGGGGUUUGGUUCUGGGAACAUCAGGUUUUAGAAAUUUUAGAAUGAAAACAUGGUUCUUAGGGAGAUGCUUUGAAAAAUGAACUUCAGAAACUCUAUGAAUUAAAACUAUGCAAAAGAACUGAUCAGAGUAUUUCGGUUGGAAAAAAUUUAAAGAAUUUAACUAAACACCUAUUCUGACAAUGAGGGUCUCAAACUUGUACAUAUAUAAAAUCUGUGAUAUGACGAAUUGUAGACAUAAUUUCCGGGAGGUCGACUGAAAACAACAGUAUCUUCCAAGUCAGUUUUGUAUUAGUUUUCUGUACAGUUAAUGCAUCUAGUUGUGAUAUUUUUAAUGUGUGAUGUAAAUAUGAAGCUAAAUAAAUUCAGAAAUAAAUGUA